AUGCGGCACCUCUCACUCUCCAAGUGUGUCCUCAGAGCUUACCUGGACGUGCCAGACAAGAAAUUAUAUGAGUCAUUUUUGUACCCCGAGCUAUGUGUGGUGUCCUCUCUACAGGAAAACACACUUUCCUCAGACACUGUCUUUGUUUGCUUCUUCAAUGAUUUUCUGUGUCUGCCGUGUUUCCCAGAGUCCCUGCGGUUUAACCAGGACACUGGGCUGUUUGAGGUGGACAGUGGACAGGCUCAGUCUGUGUAUCAAAACAUUCGACUGGGUCUUCUGCAGCUUCUGAGCACCAGUGACCCCAAUGAGCUCGCCCACACUCCUCUCAUAGACAAUGGAUACACAGUCUGUUGUUUGGACCCAAAACAAGGCAGUGAGUGGGUCAUGAGAGAGAGGCUGCCCUUCUUCCUCAAAAGUGAUUUCUACUUUGAAUACAGGUUUGCUGAUUUGUUACUACAGUGGGAGCCGAAAUGUGGAGUUCAAAGAAGGGCCAUCAGAUCUGCACAAAGUGAAAGAACAAAUGGCCAUGCAAAAUCUAGUGAUAAAAUCCGGCGUUCUGCUAGCUGCUUUGAGUUGGACCAUCCUCACCCCAUCUCUCCUUUAUCACAAGAGCCUAGCUACAACCUCACAGAACCUUUAGCCAUCUCUUGUGAAGAAUCCCGCUCCAACGAUUCCACUAAAUUUGAGCUGGAGUGCCUGGCUGCCACACUGGUUAAACAGGUGCUCAAUGCGGCCAUAAGAAUGAUGAGUGGACACAACCAGGCAAAUACUUCUACAUGUUGCAAUAAGUCAGAGAAACAGCAGAUAGAUGACUGUAUUGCUAUAGACUGUUCCACUGAGAGUAAAGUUCAACUGAGGUCACCUGCCAAAGACCAUGGUCCACAGGAGAGGGAUGACCACAGCAGAAAGGACUUUAAUGAAAUGGGAGCCAGGCAGGACCAGUGGAAUAAUGGGCAAGAUGUUGGUAGUCGUGGUAACUGUGGGAAAAGAUGGAGUCUUUUUAAGGAGUUUUUAAAAGGGACACCAGGAGAGGGACUACUGCACCUGUGGAUGGAUAUAGAGAGGAUGAAAGUGACAGAGGUGUUGGAACGCAAGAAGAGAUUUUUGGACCUGAUGAGAAGCAGGUACCUCAUGAGCAGCAGUCAGACCUGUUUGAAUGCGGAACUGCUCUCUAGACUGGGCCUCAGUACCUCCACCUGCUGGACACAGGAGAAAUUGCAGACAGUCCAGCCGCAAAUCACUCACUCGCUGCUCUUCUACUGGGCUGCACGAUUCUGGACGUCCCAUAGAGCUUAUGAGGACCCGGAGGAAACUCCAAAUGCAACAAUAUGGACAUAUUUUAGUUCUACAUCUACCAUUCAGACAAGUCUGUACCGACAUGAAACUGAUGCUCUAUACAGUCCUAACCCCCACCUGCCCCCUUCCCCUCGCACGGAUUAUGAGUUUUGUCCCAGCAGAGGACCCUUACUGGCCACUGGACAAAUGGAGAGGAUGAUCCAAGCUCUUUGUGUUGAAAAUGGUGCUGGUUUAUACUUUACACACUUCUGUGAACAAUCAGGGAAUCAGCUGUGGGUGAAUGCUGUUUAUUUUUGGAGUGACCUACAAAAUUAUCACGAACUGUUUUACCAAGAUGGACUGGACCCAUACAGAGUUCAAAGGGAGGCUCAGUUGCUCUAUGCCACCUUCCUGUGCAGCUCGGCCUGGAGGAGCCUGGGCAUCCACGAGGACAUGAGGAGGAAAGUGUAUGAGAGACUGAUGCCAGCCUUUGAGGAGCUGUUUGAUGACAUAGAGGAGCAUGUUUUAAGUAUCCUAUUAGAGCCUUGGACAAUACUGAUCAAUAGAGACGAGGAGUCCUAUCAGCAGGUGCCAGUGCAAGAGGAGACUCGUCGUGUGGAUACUCAGGAGUACAGAGAGCUGCAGAGUCUGUACGAGGAAUCAGGCAGCCGACUCAAACAGAUGCAAAGUGACUCUGUGCUUUCUGCUCCUGAGUUUUCUUCCACACUCAGAAUCCCACAGAUGUCUGAAUCCUGGUCCAAAGUAUCUUCAGAUUACAAAGGAUACAGAUUAGGUUCACUACUGCGACACAGACAUGAGAUCGGAUACUUCAUGAAUUUCCUCCAAAACCAGAACGCAAGCAUCCACCUGUCCUGCUGGCUGGACUUGGAGCAGUACCGCAGGACUCAUCAGACAGACACAGCCCUGAGACUGGAGAGGUCCGCUCACCUCGUCAACAGAUAUCUCAACAGGAAGUACUUCUUUGGACCAGACAGCCCUGCCUCCAUCGACCAACAACAUGAGAUCCUGCGUUUGACUGGAGGCUUUGAGAGGUUAAAGUUGGACUGUCUGUCAGAUGCAGUCGUCAUGGAGAUCCAGGACAUUGUCAGGAGUCACCUAGAGGGAACAUGGCUUCCUGACUUCCUGUCCACAGCUGAGUUUGUGCAGAGGCAAAAGGACAAGCCAAAGCCUCACGCAACAAGCAGGUUCUCGGACAAUCGUAAAGGACGCCAUCAACGCAAAGCAAGGAGAGAAAUCCGGCAGUGUGAAGGUCUGUGGAUGAGCUCGUCCAAAGAGAUUCUGUCUUUUCGGAAGGUCCUUCUUGACCCCGCCUCCUGUCUGCAGUUCCAGCACUUUGUCUCUCUGAAGGGGGACUUCCUGGAGAACGAUGUGCUCUUUUGGCUCGAGGUGCAGAGAUACAAGGACUUGUGUCACUCUCACAGUGAUGAGGCCACCAUCGAGAAGAAGAUCUCCACCAUUAUCAGUGUUUUUAUCAACUCUUCUGUUCCUCCAGCUCUGCAGAUCGACAUCCCACCUGACCAGGCUCAGACUCUCCUGGAGAACCGCCACAAGUUGGGACCAUACAUCUUUAGAGAGGCUCAGAUGUCAGUGUUCAGUGAGCUGUUGAGGUUCUGGCCCGAGUUUCAGGAUCUCAGGAGCAGUUUUCGAGAAGAACAGCUUCUGCAGUUGCUCGAGCAGAAAAGACUGAAGCACAGAGCUAAAGUGAGACGACAGAGACGCAGAGAGGAGGAAGAGGAAGAGGAGGAGAGGAGGGCACAGGAAGAGCAGCAAAAGCAAGAGUCCAGCUUCAGAGAUGAGGAUGAGGAGGAUGAUGAUGAAGAAGACUUUUCAGACGAAGAAAGAAGUGUCCACAGACUGUCCAAAACCCAGAGCAGAUUGCAGUUCACUCCAGCUAAGGUCUUAACAUGGUCUUACUCCAAGUACAUGGCAGCUCUGAAGAGAGAGGAGAUCCUGUUGAGAAGGAAGAAUCAGCUGGAUACCUCGUUCUCCACUAUUUCAGACUUCUCCUCCUGUAGUGUGAGGUCAGCUGGGACAGUCCACACUCAAAAACAACUGUCACUCCGAUCCAGGACCAGCACCCAGCAGCGCCACAGUUACAGCAAGGGAGUGAAGCCUUUUAACAUUAAGUGACCCCAGAAAUAACACCAAAGAGUAACUGAUGAACAAAGAAGACCCCA